AUUAUGAGUCAGUCCUUCCAUUUCAUACCACCAUGUAAAGAUAAACAGCUACACCUGUGGGCACACGGGGUGUGCAGUAAAGCCAAGAGUAGAUAAUUCAAGAGACGAGCCUGACUGUUGCUUGACCAGAACAAGUUGACCUUGAUCCUUUGCUGAUUCAUAUUUCCUGUUUUCCACCUUGGUGGCUCUAAAUAGAAUACUUUUUUUUCUGGGACCAUAAAACCUCACAGGAGUGGAUAUGCCAGUUUUGCUUAAAGCUGACUCCUCCUCAAGCUCCAAACAGGAGCUGCUGGACAUGCAGGACUGUCCUCUCAGUGGGGGUCCCUCUUUGGAUACCCUCAGUGCCAUGGAUUCCCAGACAGGCAGUCCUGUAGGUUCUGGUCCUAGAAGCCUGGGCAGCACCGGAGCUGAAGGCCCCAUCAAGUCUUGCAUUUUCACUGGGGCUUCGAUUCUCCCUGGGCAGUUAUACAGGGUAGACACACAAUCAAAUGCAGAGAUUCCUCUGGCCUUAAAGCUUAGCCCAGCAGACUCAGAUCAGCUGUGUGGCUGGGGGGCUCUAACGCCCAAAGGGAUCCAAGUUUUCAACACCCCUCGCUGGGUGUUGCUCUUCCUUUGCAUGGCCUCUUUUCUUCAGGGGAUGAUAAUCAACGGCUUCAUUAACACCGUGGUCACAUCGAUCGAGCGUCGCUUUGACCUGCGCAGCUACCAGGCCGGUCUCAUCGCCAGUUCCUACGACAUUGCUGCCUGCGUCUGCCUGGCCUUUGUCAGUUACUUUGGUGGGACUGGGCACAAGCCCCGCUGGCUGGGAUGGGGGGUGCUCAUCAUGGCACUGGGUUCUCUGGUGUUCGCCUUGCCUCACUUCACCACACCUCCCUAUGCGAUCACUCUGCCUGAGCAAACAGUGUUGUGCUCUGCCAACCAUACCAACAAGUGCGGGGACAAAGAGGGUGGAGGACUGUCCAGUUAUCGCUUUGUGUUCAUUCUAGGCCAGUUUCUGCACGGCAUUGGUGCUACUCCUCUGUAUACCUUAGGGGUCACAUACUUGGAUGAGAACGUCAGCUCCAAAUAUGCACCUGUUUAUAUAGGGAUCUUCUACACAGCAGCCAUUGUGGGUCCGGCGGCCGGCUACUUACUGGGAGGAUACUUCCUCAACAUUUACACAGAGAUCCACCUGACGACAGAGAUGACUCCAGAAAACCCCCACUGGGUUGGAGCUUGGUGGAUCGGCUUCUUAGCAGGAGGGGCAGCUUCUCUGCUGGUAGCUUUCCCCAUCCUGGCUUACCCACGACAGCUACCAGGCUCCCAGAAGCAUGUGGCCAUGAGGGUGUCUGAGGCUCACCAGCUAAAGGAUAGAAGCCAAGCUACAGCUUUAGACCCACAGUUUGGCAAAUCAGUCAAAGACAUGCCAAGAUCUGUGCUUCUUCUCCUAAAGAAUCCUCCAUUCCUCUUCCUGUGCCUAGCGGGAGCCACUGAGGCCACGUUAAUUGCAGGCAUGUCCACCUUCGGUCCAAAGUUCCUGGAGUCACAGCUCAGUCUCAGUGCCUCUGAGGCUGCCACAUGGUUUGGUUACAUUGUGGUACCAGCAGGAGGUGGGGGCACCUUCCUGGGUAGCUACAUCGUGAAGAGAUUGAACUUGCGCUGCAGAGGCAUCAUCCGUUUCUGUAUGAUGUGUGCGAUGGUCAGUCUUCUUGCCAUAUUCAUCUUUCUCAUCCACUGUCCCAACAUGCCCAUGGCCGGAGUCACAGCACCUUACCAGUCUGGUCUGAUGAACCAGCACCAACUGAACCAGUAUAAACAACUGUAUGGCAAACCCAGCAAACUGUACGGAAGAAACAGCUCAUCUCUGGACCUUACAGUGGACUGUAACGCAGCCUGUCACUGUGUGAGAGAGCUUUACAACCCGGUCUGUGGGGCGGACGGUGUGAUGUAUUACUCCCCCUGCCAUGCCGGCUGCACCUCCAUCAACCACACUGAACGCUCCACGGGCAAACAGGUGUACUCUGGGUGUAGCUGUGUGGUGGGUAACUUCUCCUGGGGUGAGGAGGGCCUUGCACUGACAGGAAAAUGUAGCAGCACCUGUCAACACAUGCCUGUCUUUCUCUCCCUGAUCUUCAUCAUCAUCUGCUUCACCUUCCUCUGUAGCAUCCCGGCUCUCACAGCCACUCUCAGGUGUGUAUCAGACAGCCAGAGAUCCUUCGGACUUGGCAUCCAGUGGAUUAUGGUGCGCACAUUUGGUGGCAUUCCAGGACCGAUAGCAUUUGGCUCUGUGAUUGAUAUCUCCUGCUUAUUGUGGCAGCAUCAGUGUGGCGAGCAGGGUUCCUGCUACAUCUACCACAACUCCGCCAUGAGCCAGUACACACUAGUAGCUGGAAUCAUCUACAAGGCUUUAGGGACAAUGUUUUUCCUGCUGGCCAGUGUCCUGUACCAGCCUCCUCCAGAGCUGCCUCGAAGCCGCUGCCAGAGCACUAGCCAUGGACCGGGACACAUGAAUGACCUGCCCAUCAAAGAUAUGCCUGAAGAUCAGAAACCUGCAAGCCAGGUCAUGACAGCUAACCCUUAACACUCGCUGGUACAUGACAAACAGUCCUGAAUGCCUUCAUGCACACACAGACACGUGUCUGUAGCACAUGACCUCUUCUAACAUGGUGCUUUCUUUGAAGAAAAUCCUGCUUUGAUUCAUACAGGUUUUUUUUAUAGGUGUGUGUGAUUGAUUGGGCUAAGCCACAGUUUCGCAUAUACGUUUACAGUUUCUACAAAUAUCUUGAAAUUAAUCAGUUAAUUGAAAUUAUUAUUUUUCUUUUAUAAUGUGAUGUUUUUAUGAUCAAUAUGUUGUAUGUCAUUCUUCAAAGCCAAUGAGACACCUUAGUCCAGUGGUCAGCAACUGGCGGCCUGUGUGCCAGAAUACACACACACACAAAAACUGUAAUGUGCAGAGACAUGCAGCUGUUUGCAGCACUGUUACAAGAACAACGUGACCCCUUUAAGAAUGGUCAAGCUAGAGAGGAGGAGAAUUCCACGGAGCAGGAGUCAGAGGUAGGGAGGGGAGGGAGGGGAUCAUCAGAUCAGAAAGUUAGCCAUGAGAAACUGCUUGGUGAUUGUUUUGCUACCAGCUUUAGCAAUAAAUACCACACAGUUCUGCUAAUUCCAGCAGUGUCCUGUGUUCACCACUGCUGGGUAAAUUGAAGCGAGCUUAGCCUGAAGCUAGCUGCUGCUAGCUGUUGAUAUUGUUCAGCUGGUCAGAAAAAAAUUUGGCCCCAGGCAAAAUGCAGUUGCUGACCCCUCUCUUAGACCUAUGAGUAUGUAUGACGCAUUUAAGAUGUGGAUAUUCUCAACAUGUCUCCAGGCUAGUAAUAAUGUAGCCAAACAAUCUUCAUGGUUUCAAGAGGAAGAUUUACUGAAGAUUGUUUCAGAAUGUGCUGAAAGGUGCUUAAGUCACUUAAAGAAAUGAGUGAAUGGAUGUUUUCACAUUUUUACAUUGAUAAUACUGUUUUCAACAAAGAAGAAUUUUAGUGUAUUGUGUGUAUAACAUAAAAACUUGAUAGCACUGUCAUCUAAAACAUGAAGAGUCUUUAGCUUUUGGACAAAUGUGUCUGAUUAAAAAAAAGAAACUGAAGACUAGUCUUUGACUGGGUUAUUCCUAAAAACAGUAUCACAUUCUCACUGAUAUGUGAUGGGAAUUAAUUUCCCUGAAUUGCAAUGAAUUCAAUUAAACAUCCUGUAAUUAAAAUUCAAAUUCAUUUGAACAUCCUGUGGUGUGGAGUCAAUUUUCUGGGGUCUAAUUUCUGGACAGAUGGACAUCUAACUCCUCCACGUCCAUCAUUUCUGUCUUUUUUACUGUUGCGGUGUUCUUUCUUCACUUUCUGAAGGUGAAUAUUUGGUCUAACAUUUGUUCUUUUCUGUUUUUGUUUUCUUUUUCACUUCAUUGUUACAGAGUUAUUAUUUAUUGUUACAGCUGAUUAUAAACAUUGACAAGAAGUGACCUGGCUUUGGCUUUCUUCCACUUUUAAAACUUUAUUAAGCAUAAGUAAUACAGCAGUGUCAUGUUUGAAUGAACCCAGCCUUCACUUGGAACUUUUUUUUUGGUGCUCAGUGACAACAACUCAGGUUCCAAACCAACUGUUUUUUGGUGUUGAUGCACCAGUUGGUUUAAAAUUAGGUUCAGGAACCAGUGUCCAGACAGUGUGAAAGCCCUACGUGGCCUUAAUUUUAACAAUCACACAUAGAGGGACCACUGCUCUGUGAGGUUGUCUUGGCAGUACAGAUGUAGCCAGUUACUAUUUCAGUUUUCAUCUAAAGGCCAGCCAGCGUUGUUUCAGCCAAGGAAUAGACUUGAAAGUUAAUGGAUCAUGCUAGUGGUUGUUUUUGCAUGUUCUUAAUCAAAGUAAAACUAGAGAGUGACCCAGCUCCCCAAGUUUUCUUGAGGGUCUGUUAGUUGUCAUGGGUCAUAUCUUUAUUCUGUCUCCCAAAUCAUGGCAUUGCCACCACCAUGUGUCCCUGCAGAGAUGGUAGAGAAUACAGUUUGCCGGUUAUACCUGAAGCUUUAAAUUGUUGGAGAUCUUGCUGUUUAAGAGUCCUUAUUGCUCA